AUGAAGUCGAUCGCCAGACAUUAUGUGUAUUGGCCUGAAAUAGACACCGAUAUAGAGGGAUUAGGGCGCGAGUGCGAGGCUUGUCGAAUCGUUCGAGACGCACCACCACGUUCAUCGUUGCAUCCGUGGGAGUUCCCGACAGCUCCAUGGCAACGAUUACAUGCCGAUUUUGCCCAAUUGAAUGGCAAGUAUUAUAUUAUAAUAGUGGAUGCCAAUUCGAAAUGGUUGGAUGCUGCAUUAAUACGUAGUACCUCCGCUAUUGACACUAUUCAGUAUUUUCGUAAGUUAUUUUCAAUAUUUGGGUUACCAGUACAGCUAGUCACAGAUAAUGGUCCCCCUUUUCAGAGUCACGAAUUUAACGAUUUCUGUAAGAAAAAUACAAUUAGACAUACCACUGCAUCACCACAUAGGCCACAAGGCAACGGAGCGGCAGAGAAUGCUGUAAAAACCAUAAAAAAGACUCUGAAGAAAGCCAUCUAUGAAGGUCAGGAUGUGACGUCAGCUUUGUGUCGAUUUCUUUUUCAGUAUAGAAACUGUGAACACGCUACUACAGGUGUAGCUCCGGCGGUCGCAUUACUAGGUCGUCGACUACGUACUAGGUUAGACGCGGUGCGACCUAAUACUAGCGAUAUUGUUAGACAGGCGCAAGACAAACAGGUAGCGGAAGCUGGGGGAAUGGAUAGAACUUUCGAAGUUGGAGAAAGCGUAAUAGCUCGAGACUAUUCCUCCCGUGGGGACAAAUGGACAGAAGGCCAAAUAACAUCCAAAACGGGGCCGGUUUCUUAUACAGUACAGUUAAACACGGGAAACGCUUGUCGUAGACAUUCUGACCAAUUAUGGCCUUUAAAACGAAAUAGACUUUCAACGCCCCAUUUAAGUAAUAAUGAGUUGUCAGACUAUGACAAUCAAUCAAGACGUAGUUAUGAUAAUCAACAAAGACAAGAGCCGGAUGAUAAAAAUUUAAAGAGUCCCAUGACAGGUAAAAAUGAAAAAGGGGAAGAGAAAGAUGUUAUGAAUUCACCUAAUAUUAAAGAGUGUGAACAACUGUCACCAACAAAUCAAUGUAGUGAUCGAGCUAGGCGCGCACUUGAAAGAGAAUUACGUAAACAAGGGAUAGAGAAAUGA